GCACCCCUCGAAACGAAAACGAAAUUCCUCAAUAUUCUCCUCUCCUGAUUUUGCAUUUCCUGUCCAGAGUACAGACACGCACAGACAGAGUCCACCUCCUCAUGGAGUCCAACAACAAAAACAACUACUCUCCCUCCUCUUCCUCCUCCACAUCCACCUCCUCCACUCCCCACCCCGCCACCGCCGCCACCGCCGUCGCCACCACCACCGACCCAGUUCAAUCCUGGUGGGAAUCAGUAUCAAAAGCCCGUUCACGCAUCCUCUCCUUAUCCUCCAUCCUCCCUUCACUCCCGUCGUCUUCUUCUUCUUCCUUCUCCCUUUCCUCUCUUGCUGAAUCCGACCGCCCUGCCCUCUCUUUCCUCUCUUCCCCCGACGCUUACUGCCUCCUCUCCUCCUCCCUUUCCUCCCCCUCUUCCGGUUCUGGCUCCGAUCCCCUUUGCCAGUGGCUCUAUGACACGUACCUCUCCUCUGAUCCCAACCUCCGUCUCAUUGUCCUCUCUUUCCUCCCUCUUCUCUCUGGGAUUUAUCUUUCUCGGAUCCACUCUUCUGAUUCCUCCUCAGCUCCUUCACUCUCUGGGUUCGAAGCUGUUCUUCUUGCCAUCUAUUCCUCUGAGGUCAAAUCUCGUGGAGGAAAGCCUGUUGUUGUUCAGAUUCCUCAUCUUUCGCACCCUUCUCUUUACCAUACCCCUCGAAACAAGUUCCAUAAGUCACAGCCCCAGGCGCCUUCUGUUGGGGUUUUGUCGGGGCCUCUUGAGCCCCAGAUCGCUGUUAAGUCUACUAAGAGGCCUGUCAUUGUUGGGGUCACUUUGGAAUGUUACUUUAAGCACAUUUCGCAGAUGCCCACUUGGUCGAAAGUCGAAUUGUGCAGGUUUGCUGGUGCGUGGGCUGGACAGGAUUGUGCUUGUCAGGAUAAAUUUGAUGAAGACGAUGAUGCUGGUUAUUUCUUGGAGGGCAGGAAUCUGAUGAUAAGCAGUAGUGAAAGUGAAGAUAACUUGGGGAUUGCUGAGACUAAGGGAGUGAGGAUUCCGCUGCCUUGGGAGAUUUUGCAGCCAUUGUUGAGGAUUUUAGGGCAUUGUCUGUUGGGGCCAUUUAACACGCAAGAUGCCAAGGAUGCUGCUUCUGUUGCUGUAAGGAGGUUGUAUGCUAGAGCGUCUCAUGAUUUGGUUCCGCAGGCGAUAUUAGCUGCUAGGAGUCUAAUUCAGCUUGAUAAGAGAGCGCGAGAAGCUGCAAAGGCAGCUGCUGCAAAUACCACUUCAAAUGCUAACACCCCUGCCAAAGCUAAGAAGCAUGAAAUUCUCUUGGUCUCAAAGUGAAACUGGUCUGUUUUGGCUGUGAUUUGCGUGGCAGGUUUCUUGGGUAUAUGUGAUUGUGAGUUGAAGUUGGAUUGCUCCUACAAGGGUUUUGUACCUCCUUUGAGGUGAAAAUGUUGACAUUUAAAACAGCAAGAGAAUGGAGUCAAGCAGCUAGAGAGCUGCUUGUGUUUAGAAGUGUUCCAUUUCAAGAAGAUGAAUAUCACCGUGAUCCUUGUUCUGAAAACGAGGCUGUGUCCUGUCCAACGAGUGCUGUAAUUACUUUAUUGAAGGCAUGCAUAGAGUGAGUGGGGCAUGUUUUUUCGUUGUGCUUUAUAUAGAGUUUAUGAAUGUCAAGGCUUGGAACCACAGUUGCAGCAUUUUCUCAUGGUUUCUGAGAUUUGAUUUCUUUUGUUGACGAUGAUAAGUGUUGCACUAUGUUGAUUGCGCUAGGUUGCAUCUGUUA